CGAAACCGCAAUAUAGCUUUCUUUAUGUGACCAGCGGCCGUGCUUGCUGGAUUUAUUUGGCGAAGUGAAUUGUGGAGCUUGUUGUAUCCACCCAUAUUUUAGGGCAUCCAGCCAUAAGUGUUAAAAAAUAUGGUGCAAAAGAAGCCUAAGAAGAAGGUUGGAAAGAAAGUAGCAGCAGCACCGCUGGCUGUGAAGAAAGUUGAGCCCAAGAAGCUGACAAACCCGCUUUUUGAGAAACGAACCCGCAACUUUGGCAUUGGCCAGGAUAUCCAGCCUGACCGCGAUCUGAGUCGGUUUGUGAAAUGGCCCAAGUACAUCCGCAUCCAGCGUCAAAGGUCUGUUUUGCAGAAGAGGCUGAAGGUUCCACCACCGAUCAAUCAGUUCACUCAAACGCUUGACAAGCAAACCGCUACACAGCUGUUCAAGAUCUUGGAAAAAUAUCGCCCAGAGAGUGCAAUUGCUAAGAAGUUGAGGUUGAAGGCACGAGCUGAAGAAAAGGCUGCAAAGAAGGAAGAUGCCCCCACCAAGAGGCCCAACCAACUUCGCAGUGGUACAAACACUGUGACAACUUUAGUUGAGCAAAAGAAAGCGCAACUGGUUGUGAUUGCUCACGACAUUGACCCUAUCGAGGUUGUUCUAUUCCUGCCUGCACUAUGCCGUAAAAUGGGAGUACCUUACUGCAUCGUCAAGGGAAAAGCUCGUUUGGGAGCCCUUGUUAGGCGCAAGACGUGCAGUGCAGUUGCUCUUACACAGGUUGACGCUGGUGACCGUGCAAACUUUACAAAGGUCGUUGAAGCGAUUAAGACCAACUUUAAUGACCGUCAUGAUGAGAUCAGGCGUCACUGGGGUGGUGGUCUCCUUGGUAGCAAAUCCGCUGCCAGAAUUGCAAAACUGGAGAAGGCCAAAGCAAGGGAACUUGCGCAGAAACAAGGCUAAGAUUCUGCAGUGUACUGUGGAAUUGGACACCUUUUCAACUAAUAAAGAAAAAGUAAAAAUCUA